AUGGUCAGCUCCUGUUGUGGCUCUGUCUGCUCUGAGGAGGGCUGUGGCCAAGGCUGCUGCCAGCCCAGCUGCUGCCGUCCCAGCUGCUGUGUGUCCAGCUGCUGCCGCCCCUGCUGCCAGCCCUGCUGCAGUCCCUGCUGCCAGCCCUGCUGCCGCCCUUGCUGCCGCCCCUGCUGCCAGCCCUGCUGCCGCCCCUGCUGCCAGCCCUGCUGCCGUCCCUGCUGCCGCCCCUGCUGCUGCCUGCGUCCAGUCUGCGGUCAGGUCUGCUGCCAGAGCACUUGCUACCGCCCCACCUGUGUCAUCUCCACCUGCCCCCGCCCCAUGUGCUGUGCCACCCCUUGCUGCUGCUGA